AGUAACAUUAAAUAAAAGUGGUGAAGAAGAGGUACUGGUGGUUACAGAGCAUGAACCUACUGUAACAUUAAAUAAAAGUGGUGAAGAAGAGGUACUGCUGGUUACAGAGCAUGAACCUACUGUAACAUUAAAUAAAAGUGGUGAAGAAGAGGUGGUACUGCUGGUUAAAGAGCAUGAACCUACUGUAACAUUAAAUAAAAGUGGUGAAGAAGGAGUAUUGCCUGCAAAAGAACAUGCAUCUAUUGAAUCUUUAGAUAUUGGAAAUAUAAGUAAUGUUAAGUUAGAUGACUAUACAAAAUAUGCAAUUCUAAAUCGUAGUAACAUACCAGAUAAAGAUUUUGUGUAUCCAUUCUCUACCCAUCUUAAGCAAGGUAAAAAUGAGAAACGAUAUGUAAAAAAAAACCAUUUUGAAAAAUAUUGUUGGUUGGAGUAUUCCAAGGCUAAGUCUGGUUUAUUUUGUAAAUAUUGUAUACUAUUUUUGCCUAAUUAUAAAUCUGGAAGGAGGGGUACAGAACAGUUAAAAAGAUUAAUUACUGAACCAUUAGACCAAUAUUCAAAGUUAUUGGGUAAACAAGGGUACUUAGAAGUUCAUCAAAAUAACAUUUACCAUAAAAAUUGUGUUCAAUUUGCAUUUGACUUCAAAAAAAAUUAUUUGAAUCCAGAGAACAUAGUAGCAAACAUGAUUGAUACCCAACGCAUGAAAGAAAUUAAAGAAAAUCGUGAACGUUUAGUGCCUAUAAUUAAGUCAAUAUUGUUCCUAGGACGUCAAAAUAUUGCACUUAGGGGCCACAGGGAUGAUGGCCAACUUUUAUCCAAAAAUAUAUCUUCAGAUUUUAGUUCAUACACAGAGUCAAUUACUAACCAAGGAAAUUUUAGGGAACUUCUUAAAUUCAGAAUAGAUGCUGGCGAUAAAAAUCUUGAACAUCAUCUUAUGUCUACUUCUAAAAAUGCUACAUAUAUAAGUUAUACAAUACAAAACAACUUAAUUGAGUGCAUUGGAAAAGAAAUAACUACUUACAUAACAAAUGAGAUUAAAGAAGCAAAAUAUUACAGCAUCAUUUUUGAUGAAACGACUGAUGUUUCAGUAAUUUCCCAAAUGAGUUUUAGUGUGCGGUACUUAAAAUCUGGAAAAGUUUUUGAACGUUUUAUUUCUUUUGUUAACUGUCAUAAAAAGAUAUAUGGUGAUGAACAUGAUGAUGAUGAAGACCAGGACUUAGAAAAUAUAUCAAAAAUUGAACCUAAAUUGAGCGGAGAACUACUAGGAACAACAGUUAUCAAUAUUUUACAUGAUUUAAAGCUAGAUAUCAAUAAUUGUGUUGGUAUUUCAACAGAUGGUUGUGCAACAAUGACUUCAACUAUAAAAGGAGCCGUUCAACAUGUUCAAAAAUCAGCUAAAAAUGCAGUAUACAGCCCUUGUAAUAAUCAUGCACUUAACUUAUCCAUUUCAAAAUCAUCGACGGUACAAGCCAUUAGAAAUAGUGUAGGUAUCAUGCAACAAGUAAUAACAUUUUUUAAUAGUUCAGCAAAACGUAAUUUUAUUUUGAAAAAGUAUUUAAAGAAUAAUGUUGUAAGUUUAUGUGAAACACGCUGGGUAGAGCGGCAUGAUAGUGUUUUGCAAUUUAAAAAGUCACUACCCAAAAUUAUUGAUGCUUUAACAGAGAUAACUAACUGGGAAGAUUUAUCAUCAUCUUCCAAAGCAAAAACACUUUUAUGCUCGAUAAGUAACUGUGAGUUUGUUAUUUCAAUAUAUUCUUUAUCAUCUGUACUCUCAGUUACAUUCCAUGCUAGUAAAUUAUUACAAGGAAUAAACCAUGAUAUAUUAUCAGCUAGUAAUGUUAUAGAUGAUAUAGUAUCUGUACUUAAAAACAAUCGCCUAAACUGUAAUACAACGUUUCAAAUCAUUUAUAAUGAAUGCAAAAUGUUGAUGGAUGAAUUGGACAUUCAUUUGAAAAUGCCUAGGGUGUCAGCUCAUCAAAAAAAUAGAUCAAAUCCGAAUAACAUAAAUAAUUGUGAAGACUAUUUCAGAAUUACAAUUUUCAUUCCGCUCCUAGACAGUGUAAUAACUGACUUAGAAAAAAGAUUUUAUGGCCAAGAAAAUCAAACUAUAAAAAUGCUAACAUAUCUAGUACCAAACAAUUUAAUUCAAUGGUCUGAGACUAAUAGUAGCUCAAUUAUUGUUAAAUACAUUAAAGAUAAAUAUCCAUUUUUUCAAGAGGUCAAUAAUGACUUAUUAAAUUCAGAACUUGAGUUAUGGAUACAAAAAUGGAAAAAAUCAGAGUUAAAAGGUAGGUAACAAUCAAAAAUGAAUGUUAAGUUUUAAAAAAUAUUUAGCUUUGCAAUUUAUUUAUUUUGUACAUUUUAGGUGAUAUAUUACCAAAAAAUGUUUUUGAUACUUUGGAUGCAUGUUGUGGGAUAAUCUUCCCAACAAUUAAAUCCUUAAUUUCUAUACUUGCUAGUUUGCCAAUUAGUACUGCUUCCGCUGAACGCAGCUUUUCCACUUUGCGCAGGUUAGAUAACUAAUGAUAAAAAUAAAAUUUUGCUUUUUAAUUUAAGAUGACAAUAUCUGCAUCUAAAUUCCAAAAUGCUUUGCAUGUUUGCUUAUUUCUUUUUAAUUUGUAGAUUAAAAACAUGGUUGAGAUCGCGAAUGGGCGAACAUAGGCUGACUGGCUUGGCUUUAUUGCACACGCAUAAAGAUAUUAUUGUAAACAUAGAAGAAGUAAUUAAUAGAUUUGCAAAUGAAAAAAAAAGAAACGUACAAUUAUUAUUAUAAUUAUACCUAUUUUUUAAUAAUACAUUGUCAUAGCUAUUUAAAAGAAAUAAAGGUACCUACAAUUAAUUUUAAGUGUUGUACUUCUUUUUCCAUAAAUUACUUACGGUCAAGUCUUCAUUGCCGGGGCAACAGCAGGAAAUGCUUUUUUUUUGGGGGGGGGGGGUUGAAAAAAUGUAUACUGAUAAUUUUAUAAUAUAAGGAUUAUAAAAUUUGAUCCGGAUUGAUAUACGGAUUUCUGGAGGUGGUGACCCCCUCCACCCACCAGGUUUGACCAUGCUCAUUGUACUUGUAUAUUACUCAUGGAUAUUCCUAUUCGAAAUUCGCCCCCCCUUUAACCAAGCUUCAGAUCCGCCCCUGA